AUGGUUGCAUUCACUCAGUACGACGACCUCUCUUCGUCACCGGGCCACGCCUACGGCAAGGUGGAUGGUGAGGAUGCGGAGGUAGAUUUUGAGCUUGAUCUGCCCAAUUUGGCCGCAACUGCUGCCAACGGCUUUCGGGAUGAGGACCUACCUGCUAUGCCCAUUGUGCUCAAAAAGACUCGUUCAUCACACUCGCGGACCUCCGUGAUUGGGCCCAACACUCUUCUUGCAGCAGGGGGUGGCGGAAACUCGAAAACUGGAGUGCCUAAUCGAAUAGAUGUAAUUCAUUUCGAUCGCCCAGCCUGCGCCCCCAUUAGUCAGGAUGCCAAUGAAGCUCUCAUCCCAGCUAACACUACGUUGAUUGGUGGUCUCAAUACCAAACACGAAGCCAUAAUGCACAUGACACUCGGAUGUCAGUCUCCCGGUGCAGCCUCAAUCCUUGCACUCGAGGGCUCCACCUGUCAGGAGUAUUUCCUCCAUGCCAACGAUCUUGAACCAUCCACAAUCGCCGAUGAAGUUCUCACCGAACAAGAGUCAGCUAUAUCAUCCACUGGCGUGGCACGUUACUUCCAGCAUCAGCACACACCAUCUUCUGCCUCUUCCUCCUCUGAAGACAACCACUCCAAUACUGGUGUCAGUUCUACCACCAUGGCGCGCAGGUUUUCGGCGCGAACCACUCUCUUUGAAGCAUCCCAAGUAGCGAAAAAGACCCCGGCCGAUAGCAGUGGCGAGGAGCAGCUACCGUGGACGUGCGAGGCGUUGCGUAGCGUCAGCGUGGCGCCCACCAAAGCUCUGAUGGAGCGUCGCCGUCUGGACAGCUGCAGCAGCACGGGUAGCGUCUCUGCACUACUUGACGACGGUGACGAGUUGACAUGCAUCACGUCGGGCGGACCGGCAGGCGGUGGGUGGUGUGCGGUGGGUACUGUGCAUGGCGGUGUCGCUCUCAUCGACCGAUACGCUCUAGUGGAGGAGACGCGUUACUCCCUCUCGCCCCGUUCGCCCUCCAAUGCCUCCUACGCUUUCACCUUCGAUAAUAAUGAAGAAGAUGUCAUCUUUCCACUUCAACUCACGUUCGUCUCAGGACUUAGUGAUCGGAAUUCUUCCGAGCAUUCCUUCAUCUGA